UAGAAAAACAAGCAAAAAGUUCCGACAAAAGCGGUCGACGUUGAAAUGAGCCUGCAGUAGAUUUGCUCAGCACAAACUGUCAAGCAAUCUGAAACCUGCUGAGCAAUUUUGACAUGUUCUCCAACUUUGAAGGCUCAUGCUCCCGCUGCAUUUUCAUAGACCACCGGGUAACGCGCACACACAGAGAAACAGAGAACAGAAGAUUCUCGAACAUUCGGGUGAAAAGAAAAAACAAACGUCGUUUUAGCGAAGAAAAACGUGUCUCGGCAGUAUUGCGACUGUGAGCUGUGUUUUCGGAACAAGGCUACUGCGAAACCCAUCGGACGGGAAGCAGACUACAACUUGCUCAAAGAUUGUCAUUCAAUCGGCGUGUAUUUUGUGCAAAAGUGCUACCAUCACACGCAAUAGUUUCGACCGGGUGUUUCUAACCCUGCGCCUCCUUACAAACCAACACUCGUUUUAUCGUGUUUGGGGACAACAAAGCAAAGACUGCUGGGUGUGAAAAUGGCCACGCAAGAAAGCAAGCAGCUGGCCCUGAAGGAAAAGGAGCUGGGCAAUGCGGCUUACAAAAAGAAGGAUUUCGAAACCGCACUUGUGCACUACCGCGCGGCGUUGACGCAUGAUCCGACGGACAUAACAUUCCACAACAAUAUUGCGGCAGUAUACUUCGAACAGAAGGAGUUCAAGAAAUGCAUCGAGGAGUGCGAAAAGGCCGUUGAGGUAGGUCGCGAAAAUCGGGCGGACUACAAGCUAAUCGCGAAAGCGUUCACCCGCACCGGCAACGCGUUCCGCAAGCUGGAAGACUAUAAAUCCGCCAAAACCUACUUCGAGAAGUCGCUCUCGGAGCAUCGAACGCCCGAGGUGAAGUCGUUGCUUAGCGACACCGAGAAGCAGAUCAAGGAGAUGGAGAGACUAGCGUACAUCGAUCCGGCCAAGGCAGAGGAAGAGAAGGAAAAGGGCAACGAGUAUUUCAAGCAGGGCGACUACAGCACAGCCGUGAAGCACUACUCCGACGCGAUCAAGCGCAACCCGGACGAUGCGAAACUGUACAGCAAUCGGGCCGCCUGCUACACAAAGCUGGCUGCGUUCGAUCUGGGCCUGAAGGAUUGCGAAACCUGCUGCCGGCUGGACGAAACGUUCAUCAAAGGGUGGAUCCGCAAGGGCAAGAUUCUGCAGGUGAUGCAGAAAUCGUCCGAAGCGCUCACCGCCUACCAGAAAGCCUUAGAGAUCGAUCCGAACAACGCGGAAGCGCUGGAAGGAUACCGAGCGUGCACGGUGGAUGUUCACUCAGAUCCGGAGAAGGUAUGGAAUAAGGCGAUGAACGAUCCGGCAGUGCAGCAGAUCCUGAAAGAUCCGGCGAUGCGCGUCAUUCUAGACCAAAUGCAAAACGAUCCAAAUGCGGUGCUAGAGCAUCUGAAGAAUCCUCAGGUAGCUUCCAAAAUUCAGAAACUACUCGGGUCCGGAAUCAUUAAAAUUUACUAAACACGCUUCUCGAAUGUACACAUCGGAAGGGUAACAAUGGCAACACAGCAACAUCUGAGGCGUCGGCGGCUCUCUUCACUCUCUUCUACCACAGGUCGAAAAUAUCCUUCGAGUAAAACUAAGCAACAAAGAAAAGCAGAGCCAGUGAGAGAGAGAGAGAGAAAGAGAGCGAGAGAGUGAUAUCGAGUGAAAAAGUGGAGGAACGCGUAGUGGAUGCACGAGAGCGAGUGAGGCAGAUAGAGAGGGAGAAAGAUCGCGAAUGAUCCCGGUGGUGAAUUGAAAUCGUUGGUCCGCUUUGCUGCCCUUUUUGCUAAGCUUUGGCGCGAAGUCCCAGCUCAAUUUUCUCAUAUUUUUUACCCAUUUGGUCACGAAUGGUCAGCCCCGAGGUUUAACAACAUUCAAAAACAACAACACGCGUCGCACCGCAGCCUUGCAAUGCAAGAAUGUGGACCGGACGUUGUGUAAGCGUUUUUUGUUGACCAUACAAUCAAUUUCCAUUAUCCUUGGCCGCCACAGAGACAGUGCAGAAGAGCGGGCACCGGUAAAAUUGCAUUCAGAAUUGCCUAAGAACAACGGUUAAUAAUAAUCCGACUAAGCAUUAGGGUACGUAAGCAUAUUACUAGUAGUGCCGUAGACAUUAAACAAAGCCAGUUGUAGGACAGGCCGCGGGUCCUGUGAGUGUGUGUGCGUCGUGAAACUCUGAGAACGGAAAAUAAAAUAUUUCUGCUACCUUCAUAACCUAGCAGCAUGA